AUCUAUUCACUUAUUGUAGAACAUAAUGCCACCAAAGAAAAGAAAAUCAUCAGCUCCUAAACCCACUCCACCAGCAAAGACAUCAAAGAGAUCCUCUCGUCAUGCUUCUACAAUUGCCAGUAGUCAGACCAUUGCAGAUCCGAGUAUGUCCAUACAACCUGUCAGCCAAAUCAAUACAGAUUUGAAUCCAACCACACAACCAGUAAGCAGUGCCAGCAACCCACUCAUCGACUAUGACCAGUUGGCAGCAGCCAUCCUCAGGCAACAACAGCAAGCAAUGCCAUCUACAAGCAACCCCCCUAUUGCUGAUACACAACUGCAGGCUUCAUCGAGUAGCAAUAGUUCUAUUGAUUUGAAUAAUGCUAAUCUACUCAACAACCUUCAACAGCUAUUUUCAGGAAGCCAAGAAGAUUGCCCCAUGGUUGGACUCAACGCCAACAGUAGUGCCAAACGAGCUGAUCUACAUUUAAGUCAGUCAAGCCAACAGCUCCUUCAGGCAUCCUUGUCCCCAUCUGCGAAACAACUGUACCUCAGAAGUUGGACUCUACUACACAAAUUCUGUGUUUCUAAUAACCUACCUUUUUCCUUUCCCUUUUCAGCAAUCAUUAUUUGUAACUUCGUAGGUGACUUAUUUACACAAGGCUUAGGCCCAGCCACGAUCACUUCACAUGUUUCGGCUCUAAGUUAUGUCCAUAAAUUGUAUAACGUUUUCGACCCAACCCAUUCCUUCAUAGUUAGAAAAAAUCUUAAGGGUUCCCACAAUCUUUCAAAAUCUGUUGACACCAGACUUCCAAUUACAAAAUCUAUUCUUAUCAAAUUGCUCUCUGCAUUACAACACACAGUCCAAGAACAUGACGUAAGAGUUUUAUUGUCAGCUGUUUUUCUUCUUGCCUUCCAUGCCUUCAUGCGGCUAGGCGAAUUGGUUCCACGGAACAUCUCUUUUUACGCCAAAAGUAUACAGAGACAAGAUGUUCAGUUUUUGGAUGAUAAUGCAGUGCAGAUUAUCCUGAGGCAUGCCAAAAACUUUGCCAACAGUCAACCAAUAGUAUUAACACUGUCUGCAAAUGCCCUCAACCACAACUUUUGCCCAGUCCAAGCCUUGAAAACAUUCACUACUGAAUUUAAACACAGUUCUGGCCCACUAUUUACAUUUAAAUCAGGGCGUCCAGUUCCUCACAGUUAUGUGACAGCCCAAUUAAAGCAUGCCGUAUCAUUCAUUGGCUUGGACACAUCACAGUAUGCAGGGCAUAGUUUUCGUAUUGGUGCUGCAACAGAGGCUGCAAAGAGUGGUUUGGCCGAAAAUGUCAUUCAGCAACUUGGUCGUUGGCAUUCCAGUGCGAUCAAGCGUUACAUUAGAAUGAAUUCCUUUCAAUUUUAAAACCUUGUUAGGCUAUUAUCAUUACAUAUACUAGUA